AGAUAUGGGCGUUCUCCUUUUCGUUAUCUGUGUCCCCCCCGCUCGCGAGCGUUGUUGUUGUUGUUGUUUGCAUGCGCGCCGGUGACUCACCAUAUCAUAUGAUACACCACCACCGCCGCUGAUUAUUAUUUCAUUGAUUUCAUUUCAUGGACGGAGAUUCGGGUUCGGAUCCCACGAAACCGCUGUUAAUAAAAAAUGGCCGGACCACCACCGCCGCCUCCGAACACGACGGACUCGCUCGCCGGAACUCGAUUCACUCGCUCAGAUCCAACUUUCUGUCUACGCUUCCCGAUAAGGUCCGUUCUGUUCUUGACCCUGAGUCUCCCUUCGACGUUGAUCUCUCCAACGCCACCGCCUUAAGCCAAGGGGAGAAAGAGUACUAUGAGAGACAAUUUGCUACUCUCAAAUCGUUUGAGGAAGUGGAUUGCAUUGAGGAAUCUGAUAGUUGCAAUAAUGUUGACGAGGAUAAUCAAGAACAGGCUCAACAAGAGUGGGCAAUGAAGAUUUCAAAUUACGCCAAUGUUGCUCUCUUGAUAUUGAAGAUUUAUGCCACAUUAAGGAGUGGGUCAAUAGCUAUUGCAGCAUCAACUUUGGAUUCUUUGCUUGAUCUCAUGGCUGGUGGCAUACUCUGGUUCACUCACGUCUCAAUGAAGAACAUCAAUAUCUACAAGUACCCCAUUGGAAAGUUGAGGGUGCAGCCUGUGGGUAUAAUCGUCUUUGCGGCCAUCAUGGCAACACUUGGAUUUCAGGUGCUAAUCACAGCCGUACAGCAACUAAUACAAAACAGCCCAAGUGAAAAGAUGUCUACAGAGCAGCUAAUAUGGUUGUACUCUAUUAUGAUAUUAGCAACGGUGGUGAAGCUUAUUCUCUGGCUUUACUGCAGAAGCUCAGGGAACAAGAUUGUCCGUGCCUAUGCAGAUGAUCACCACUUUGAUGUUAUAACAAAUGUGGUUGGAUUAGUUGCGGCUGUUCUUGGUGAUAAAUUUUACUGGUGGAUUGACCCGGUUGGAGCUAUUGUGCUUGCACUUUAUACGAUUUCAAAUUGGUCUCGCACUGUCAUGGAAAAUGCAGUUUCACUAGUAGGACAAACUGCACCUCCUGAAGUUUUGCAGAAGCUGACAUAUCUCGUUAUAAGGCACCCGCAAAUUAAGCGUGUUGACACCGUCCGCGCAUACACAUUUGGCGUUCUAUAUUUUGUGGAGGUUGACAUUGAACUGCCAGAAGAUUUACCCUUAAAAGAAGCGCAUACGAUUGGAGAGACUCUGCAGAUAAAGCUUGAGAAGCUUCCAGACGUUGAGCGGGCAUUUGUUCAUCUAGACUUCGAGUGUGAUCACAAACCGGAGCACUCAGUUCUCAGCAAACUGCCCAACAACCAGCCGUAAGCAAGCACAUAUUACAGGUCCAAGCAAUUGUAAUUGAGUCUUUAGCAAUGAUUCCUUCAUGAAAGAGUAGGAUCCCGCUUUUUGCUUAUUUGUUUGCAAAAUUUUACUACCUCGUAAAACAAACACAUUUUCUGAGUAGUUCUAUCGGCAAAUUACCAUAUACCACCAACCUUCAAAUAAUGUUCAUUAGUUUAUAGUUCAUUUUGAAAUCACAGAGCUUGAUGAUCAAUCAUGGAUUCAAAUUACGAACUGCA